AGUGACUUUACAAUCGACAGGUACGCAUCUGACAAGAAUCUCACGCUACUUAGAAAUGAAAUCCGCUAAUGAUGGAACUGACAUAAAUGUUGGAAAGGCUCGUAAACAUGGCGGUAGCGAGGAAGAACGCACAAUAUGGUUUCCACGUCGAGUACAAGAUCUGGAUCACAUUCCAAGCAAUACACUUUCGUUCGGUAUAGAUUUAGAUCCUGACCAUCCCGGCUUUAACGACUCCAUUUAUCGCGAACGCCGCAAAGAAAUAAUCGAGAUUGCCGUAAACUACAGACACGGACAACCAAUACCCAAAGUUGAGUACACUCCCGAAGAGGUAGCAACAUGGAGUACGAUUUUUCGUCGCAUGACUCAAAUGUAUCCCACUCACGCUUGUCUCGAAUUUAAUAACAUUUUCCCGUUAAUGGUGGAGCAUUGCGGUUACAGAGAAAAUGCCAUCCCUCAACUUCAAGAUGUCUCCGAUUUCCUUAACAGUCGAACGGGUUUCAUCUUACGACCAGUGGCUGGUUUCCUAUCGUUUCGGGAUUUCCUUGCGGGCCUUGCCUUCCGCGUGUUCCAUGCGACGCAAUACAUUCGCCAUAGCAGCAAGCCAAUGUACACGCCCGAGCCUGAUGCCUGUCACGAACUUUUAGGUCACGCUCCGCUACUUGCCGACGCCUCGUUCGCCGACUUUGCUCAACAAAUUGGACUUGCUUCGUUAGGUGUUUCAGACGAAUGCAUUAAACGGUUGGGAGUGUGCUUUUGGUUUACGUUCGAAUUUGGCUUGUGCCGCCAAGACGGAAAAUUAAGAGCCUAUGGUGGUGCUUUGCUUUCAUCGUUCGGAGAGCUCGAACACUGUUUCUCUGAUCAAAUUGAAAUGAAGCCCUACGACCCACCCAAAACUGCGCUAGAAGAACACCCGAUCAAGAAAUAUCAGCACGUUUACUAUGUCUCGGAAAGCAUUGAGGAAGCAAAGCAAAAGCUGCUUGACUAUACGAAAACCAUCCCACGAAACUUCACCGUGAGUUACUACUCAUCCAACCGCAGUAUAGAUAUCAUGAAUUCGUAGGACGAUUUAUACAAGACGUCUUUAAGAAGAG